UCUACUCUCGAUCUUCAAUGGGUUUUGGAGGAGCCAUGGAGAUGUCGCCAUUGCAGAAGCAGCGGAGCCUUUACCGCCCUGAGCUCCCUCCCUGCCUUCAUGGAUCACAUAUUCAUAGUGAGUUUGGUGAUGCAACAACAGUUGCAGAUCCCUUGGAUGCACAAUCUAUACAGAGAUCCUUUCCUCACACUUUCGGUCAGCCACUAAUACAUAUCUCCCACUCAUCCAGUGCAACUCUUCCUGUGGUCCAUGACGUGAAACAGAAAUCACCAAUCAGGGUUGGGGUUGUCUUCUGUGGUCGUCAAUCGCCAGGAGGCCACAAUGUCAUCUGUGGGAUCCGUGAUGCUAUGAAGUUGCAUAAUCCUGAGAGCACCUUGAUAGGAUUUUGCGGAGGAACAGAAGGUUUGUUUGAAAAUAAAACAACAGAAAUCACAGAUGAUGUUGUUUCAGUUUAUUGCAAUCAAGGGGGUUAUGAUAUGCUUGGAAGGACAAAGGAUCAGAUAAGAACAAAUGAACAAGUCAAAGCUGCUUUAGAUACUUGCAAAACAUUGGAAUUAAAUGGACUUGUAAUUAUUGGAGGUGUCACAUCCAAUACGGAUGCAGCUCAACUUGCUGAGACAUUUGCAGAAGAAAAAUGUCCAACCAAGGUUAUUGGUGUACCUGUCACCUCCUAUGGUGAUUUGAGGAACCAAUUCGUUGAAGCCAAUGUUGGAUUUGAUACUGUUUGCAAGGUUAAUUCUCAACUCAUUAGCAAUUUGUGCACAGAUGCUCUUUCUGCUGAGAAGUAUUACUAUUUUAUUCGUCUAAUGGGAAGGAAAACAUCUCAUGUUACUUUGGAAUGUGCCCUCCAAUCUCAUCCAAAUAUGGUUGUUCUUAGUGAGGAGGUUGCUUCUUCCAAGCUUACCCUAUUUGAUAUAACCAAAAGAAUUUGUGAUGCAGUUCAAGCUAGAGCAGAAAAAGACAAAUAUCAUGGCGUUAUACUUUUGCCAGAGGGACUUGUUGAAAGCAUACCUGAAGUGUAUGCCCUUUUGCAGGAGAUACAUGUUCUUAUGAAGAAAGGUGUUUCUGCUGAUGGCAUUUCCACGCAGUUGUCUCCAUGGGCAUCAGCUUUAUACCAGUCUUUGCCACCAUUUAUCAAGAAGCAGCUUCUUCUUUCUCCUGAUUCAGAUGAAUCGGCACAACUGUCUCAGAUUGAAACUGAAAAGCUUUUAGCUCAACUAGUUGAGGCAGAGAUGGAUGCGCGUUCAAAAAGUGGCAAGUACAAAGGUAAAAAGUUCAAUUCUAUUUGUCAUUUCUUUGGUUAUCAGGCAAGGGGUUCACUACCAUCAAAAUUUGACUGUGAUUAUGCUUAUGUCCUCGGACAUGUUUCUUAUCAUCUUGUUUCUGCUGGUGUUAAUGGUUAUAUGGCAACUGUAACAAACCUCAGAAAUGAUGUGAUGAAAUGGCGUUGUGGUGGCGCUCCAUUGACUGCUAUGAUGACUGUACAGAGGUCCUUAUGUGGUCCUGGGACAUGCUUACUUGGGAAACCAUCAAUUCAUCCUGUGGAGGUGAACUUGAAGUCUAAAGCAUACGAGGCAUUGGUUCAUGAUGCUGAGAAGUUCUUGAUGAAUGAUUUAUACAGUAAUCCAGGUCCCCAUCAGUACAAAGGUCCAGGUUCUUGCAGCAAGGCCAUAAGCCUGACUGUGGAGGAUCAGGAUUACAUGGGAAGAGUAGAAGAGUUGCAAGCAUAUCUUGAAAAGGUGAAAAAGAUAGCGAAACCGGGUUGUUCAGAGGAAGUCCUGAAGGCAGCUUUGAGCACAAUGGCCUCACUGGUUGACAUCUUAUCUCUCAUGUCUCCUGCUCCGAAAGCCAGUCUUCUAUGAGUCAUAAUACUCUUUGUGUCGCCUUA